CCUUUCCAGAGUGGGCAGAACAACCCGGCUGUGUUUCUUGCCUUGGAAUCUUGUCUCCAUGGCAGUGAUCAGCCAGUGGCACUGACAGGAAAAAUAGGCCUUAUCAUCUGUCCUGGACUGAGCCUGGGCAAUCUUUCAAGCUGGGAACGGCAGCAGCCAGUUCAAAGCAGCGGGAGGAGCAGCUCCCCAGUCAGUGUGCAGGAAAAUGGACAUAACGAUGGCUGUUCUGUUGGUAUUGGUUCUGGGACUUCUUAUGGUCAAGUUUGCUUUGUUUCAGCCAAGAAACCCAAAUUCCCCACCUUGCAUUAGUGGCUGGAUCCCUUGGUUGGGAGCUGCAUUUCAGUUUGGGAAAGCUCCCCUGGAGUUUAUAGAACAAGCCAGAGUCAAGUACGGGCCAAUAUUCACAGUGUUUGCCCUGGGAAACCGAUUCACUUUUGUGACCGAGGAAGAGGGGAUUGAAGCAUUUUUGACAUCCAAGGACAUAGAUUUUGAGCAGGCGGUGCAGCAAACGGUCCAGCGCACAACUUCAGUUCCUGCAGAAAUCUUUCAUCUGAACCAUAGCAGACUCUAUAGCAUGAUGAAAGGAAAAAUGGGUACCUCUCGCCUGUACCUUUUUGCUCGGACUCUGUGUCAAGAAUUACAUGAGCACAUGGACUACUUGGGCACAGCAGGAACGGAGAAUCUCAGUGAUCUAAUAAGAUCUGUCAUGUAUCCAGCAACCGUAAAUAUCUUAUUUGGAAAAGACGUCUGUCCAACAAACAAGAGUGACAUCAAGGAGUUUGAAGAGCAUUUUCAGAAGUAUGAUGAGGAUUUUGAAUAUGGGUCCCAGAUGCCUGAGUAUUUUAUGAGAAAGUGGUCUAAAUCCAAAAAAUGGCUUCUAAAAGUGUUAGAAAAAGUGGUAGCAGACGCUGAGAGAGCCAAUCCGUCAGAGAGCAAUACCAAGACACUGCUGCAGCAUCUCCUGGAUAACUUGCAUGGAAAACAUUUAGCUCCCAAUUAUGCUCUCUUAUUGCUCUGGGCCUCGCAAGCAAAUGCUAUGCCUGUGGCAUUUUGGACUCUGGCAUUUAUACUAUCCCACCCUUCUAUUUACAAGAACAUCAUGGAGGACCUCGUUUCUGUUUUCGGCAAAGCAGGUAAAGAGAAUAUUGAAAUAUCUGAAGAUGACCUUAAGAAGCUUAUCUUAAUUAAAUGGUGCACUUUGGAAGCCAUACGGCUAAGGUCUCCAGGUGCAAUCACUAAGAAAGUGGUGACUCCAAUAAAAAUUCAGACUUUCACCAUCCCUGCAGGUGACAUGCUGAUGUUGUCUCCAUAUUGGGUGCACAGGAAUCCAAAAUACUUUCCAGACCCUGAAACAUUCAAACCUGAUCGUUGGAAAGAGGCAAAUUUAGAGAAGAAUGCUUUCUUGGACGGCUUUGUGGCAUUUGGAGGAGGGAAGCAUCAGUGUCCAGGAAGGUGGCUUGCUAUAAUGGAGGUUCACAUGCUAGUCGUUUUGUUCCUUUACAAAUAUGAAUUUAUUCUUUUGGACCCAGUACCAAAGGAGAGCCUUCUCCAUUUAGUGGGGACACAGCAGCCCAUGGGAGCAUGCCGGGUUCAGUAUAAACUCCGGCAAUGAAAGCUGACUUGACUAACUCUGGUUCCUUUGCCAGCUGCUGUCUGUGAGGGACUAUUGCUCUGUUUCACUUUAGCAUGUCCUAUGCGCUCCAGUGUAGUCGGUGCCAUAAGCAGUUUUUUAAACAGUUUCAAAUGCUGUAUGUACUUUGUGUAGUUUUUGUAUCAUGCCCAUCACUGUGGUAUUUAAGCAUCAGGGCCUGAUUGCUUAGGACACAGUAUUUAAAAUGCAGCCUUCCUUUAUGCAUAUGCAAUUUGUAGGUGUAAUCAUUGGCAGUGUGUAGCUUUCUAACUCGCUGACUGCACCCACAAGGCAGGCAUUUAGAGGCCAGAUUCAUUAUGCUCACUGUUACUUUGGGGCACAAAGAGGGAGGCUGUGCUGGGAGCUCUUUGAAAAUCAGGUCUUCUUGGCCUAAUUCACAGCUGUGCUGCAUGUUCACUUGGACCAGUGCAAAGUGGCUGGUAAGCGUUAGCAGGUCAGAACAGUAAUGCCUUGCACUGGUAUAAAUGAAUGCACAAAGUUCAGGACCAUAGUGAUUGGGCCCUCUGGAUCAGAUCCUCAGCUGGUGUAAAUCCGCAUAACUCCUCUGUCUUUGCUGGAACGAUUCACACCAGAGGAGGAGCUGACCAGAGGAGGAGCUGACCUGUGUCUAAACUACAGCUAAAUAAUUGUAAAUGAAAUAUAUGAAAAGUGAAAGUGAUACUGUGCCCUGGGUGCAGCCAAAAGUCCCACUGACUUUUGAGCUUUGGUUGCUCCAGGGAUUCAGAAUUGCCCCCUACCUUAUAGUAUAAUGAAAGCCUUGCCAUGGUGUUUGUUUUUCAUUUUAUACUUUGCAAGAAUUUGCAAGGAAACUUUGUCUAAGGUCUAGAAGACUUUUGCUUUCGUUUAAUGAUUUACAGCAUGUGAAAUGCCAACCCUUUUUUGGCUGUUGCACAAAUCUGAAAAUAUCUAACCCUAAAAAGAAAAUCUGGAAAAAAUCACUGUUAAAGGAAGCGGUUCAACAAAUUAAAAAUGUCUUUUAGAAUAUACAAAAUUUUGUAACUGCUGUCAGAUUUGAUACAUUAUAAUAACCUUGUUUGUAUAUCUUUAGUUUUAAGUAAAGACUACUGAUCACUUUUACAAAUAUUUGCCUCCAAAAAGGACAUUUUUAAAUGGUAAGAACUACAGAAUUAAGUUCCAUAGGAAAAAGAAUAACAACUAUAGUAUGAUGCACUAAAUUGGUGACCAGAUCCUAUCUCGCUUGGUUUAUGGAUCUGACAGUAUUGCAACCUAGCCGCCUGGUUGGCUAGUGAUUUUGGUAAUGGUAUAUUAAAGUGGUCUCUGGUUGUGCUCAUGAUAGUUACAGCUGCAAGACAGUUUCCAUUCUCACCUCCUGUUUUUUGUUGCUUAAGUGGUUCUGAACACUCACCUUUAGAGCUGAUAUUUUCAUGUGUGGUCACUGCGUAAAAGUAUGGGUCUAUAUAUUUUUAAUUUUGAAAGUUUGAGCAAAAUCUGUUCUGGUAUUUUGCAGUUGUGAGCAUGGAAAAACUUCUUUCCCAUUGCUUUAAAAUAAACACUCUCUCAUGUUUUCUUUCUCCGAAAGGGCAACAUCACACUUGACACAUCAGUAAUCCCCAAUGAGCAGUAAUGACUCUGUGCUAUAAACAUUUUUUUUUCCAGCAGAGUUGUGUUACCAGAUUUGCCUGUUGCUUUGGGGUACACUCAUUUUAGGGUUACUUUUCUGGGGGGGAGGGGAUUUCUGUAAUUCUAUCAAUGUACUGUAUGUGUCACUUGUGUUUUCAUAUGGAGCUCUACUUCUCCCUUCUGCAAGUUUCCUCCCAAUGGAGCUAUCCUGCCGGACCUAGGUUCCCCAGAGCUGGGUUCCUCCAGCCCCAGAAUCAGAAGAACAAACACACACAGAUGAACAGAGCACAUAUGAGCGGACCGGGUCAGUCAGCACUCCCAAAUUGACCCCCGAUAUGCCCCUGGACCCAGCAGGCUGGGUCGAGCAGCACUUUCAAGCUGCCACCCUCCUAUGCCACAGGUUCAGCAUGUCCCUGUUCUCACUUUGACAUUACAAUUGUUCUGGUAGAACCCACUUGAUGAGCAAACCCUACAGGAUUUUUGGGCGCUACAGGGAUCUUUAGCUUAGGUAAGAGGAGCGUUGCUGCAGAGCGAAUAGGGAAGCCAAAACCACAAAACAGAGAGAGAGAGGGAGGGAAGCAACCACCUUAACCAUAAAAGUUAUUUAUUGCCAGGUAAUAACCAACAUGGAGAGCCAAACAAACAAAACAGUUACAAUAUUAAAUCUAGCUUAAAUUUGAUUACAAAAGUCAGGUUUAGAAAACUAUACCUGAUCACACAGGUCAGGGUUAGAAAACUAUACCUAGAGUAGAAAAAAAAAAAAACAGCUAGAGAGAGAGUUGGGAUCUCACCUCUCCGUGAAGCUUGACCUGGUCAGGGUUCCCAGGUGAUGGUGGUAGCUGAGACCCCAGCAUGAUCAGUCAGGAGAAGAUGAGGUCCCAAUGGAACUGAUGCAGAUUUUGGAUCCAGGCAUCAGGACACUUACUUGAGCGUAGGUAGGGGUUUUUGUAGGGAAACAACAAUGGUUCAAGGGAGAACACAAGAUUUGUCUAUGGGUAAACCAAUGGCUCAAGGAAGUAUACCAAAGUUGUUUUGUUCAGGCUAGACAAUAGGAACUGAUCAUUACUGGCUAUGGGCAGUGUUCCUUCAAGAGAGCUCACAAUGCAAUUAAUCAGUUUCAGUAUUUUGGAUACCAAUGAAGGAUUUAUUACUAGAAUUGGUCUGAUAACUACUGAGCUGGGUGUGUGCACGCAUGGGUUCAUUAACAUCUACAGCAGAGAUUCCCCAUCAUGUAGUGCUUCCCUGCUUUUCUGGUCCAAGAGUUCAAUGCGGUUCUUGCCUUGGAAUCUCUGUUUUCCAUUCUGUAUGCUAAUGGAGAUGCCUCCUUGUCCCAUCUUCCAUGCAAAUGAGGUUAGGGGAGUUGCCUUAAUCCUGUCACCUUUGUCCGGAGGGAUUUAGGUGUGUCGCCCACUGCCUUUUCAUUGCUUUUUGUAAGUUGUUCUUCUGAUAGGUUUUGAGUCAAGCAGAGGCUGAAGGGGGGGCAGGUGUUCUUUCGUGAGUCAUACAGGCUUGAUUCUGCACCCUGGUUCCUCAAGAACACAGAGCUGACAGCUAACAUAUGAAUAUUUGAAAAUAGAGUGCACAUGAGUUCCUAUCUGCCUCGAGAGCUGUGAAUACCUUCGGGUGUCAACUUCAAACCUGCAUAACACACUCCAGGAUUGUUUUUUGUUUUUUUAAACUUAACUUGAUGUCUAAGCCUCUGAGAUCUACAAAUGCUUUUCUUCAAACCCUCUAAAAACAACCUCUGCGCUAAAAUCAGAUAUGAGAGGUUUUGUCCUAUGAAAGUUUCUAUUUGUUCUAGAAAGUCUGAGUGAUUGCAAAUAGGGGUUAAGUAUAAAAGUACUAGCUCUGCCUUAAUCAUGCUAUCAGUAUUGUAACUGACCUGAAAGUUGCUAAAUCUUCUGAUUUAUAAAGCAGUGUGCAAUAGCUGUAUCCCAUUAGUGGGAUCUUGUCAGGCACAUUGUGCUAAUUUAAUCGGUCUUGGUUGUAUAAUUUAAGCCCUGAAGUUGCCAAGGGAACUGUGUGGGCACAUUCCUACAUCUAUAUGGAGUCCAACUGUCUGCAAUGGGGCGUAAGGUUAGACUGUAAGCAUUCUGGGCAGGGACCAUAUCUGUGUUUGGUACAAGACGAGACCCAUUGUUUGCGCUUAACAAGCAAAUAUAAAUGGUUUUGAACUCUU